ACCGCGCAUGCGCGGACUGUGUUGUCAGGGGUGACGUGUCCCGGUGACAGCCUGGCAGGAAGUGGCGGAGCUCGGAACAGGGAGUCGUGAAGAUGCUGAAGAAGUUCGACAAGAAGGACGAGGAGUCCGGUGGCGGCUCCAAUCCUUUCCAGCAGUUGGAGAAAAGUGCAGUUCUCCAGGAGGCUCGUUUGUUUAAUGAGACUCCCAUCAACCCCCGAAAAUGUGCUCACAUCUUGACCAAGAUCCUGUACCUGAUAAACCAGGGGGAGCACAUGGGAGCCACAGAAGCAACAGAAGCUUUCUUUGCCAUGACCAAAUUGUUCCAGUCAAACGAUCCGACACUGCGCAGAAUGUGCUACCUUACUAUAAAGGAGAUGGCGAAUAUCUCUGAGGAUGUCAUCAUUGUCACCAGUAGUUUAACCAAAGACAUGACUGGCAAAGAUGACAGCUACAGAGGUCCAGCAGUGAGAGCCUUAUGUAAAAUCACAGAUAACACCAUGCUGCAGGCCAUUGAGCGCUACAUGAAACAAGCCAUCGUGGACAAAGUGCCAAGCGUAUCCAGCUCUGCUCUCGUCUCUUCUCUGCACCUGUUGAAGACUAGUUUUGAUGUAGUGAAGCGCUGGGUGAAUGAAGCACAGGAAGCUGCCUCCAGUGAUAACCUCAUGGUGCAGUACCACGCUCUCGGAUUGCUGUAUCAUGUCCGUAAGAACGAUCGUCUGUCUGUCAACAAGAUGCUGAGUAAGUUCAUGCGUCAUGGCCUGAAGUCUCCUUUCGCCUAUUGUAUGAUGAUUCGGGUGGCCAGCAAACUCCUGGAGGAAGAAGAUGGAAACCGGGACAGUCCCCUGUUUGAUUUCAUUGAGAGCUGUCUCAGAAACAAGCAUGAAAUGGUCGUUUAUGAAGCUGCUUCAGCCAUCGUUAACCUGCCCUCCUGCACUGCCAAGGAACUGGCACCUGCUGUGUCUGUGUUACAGCUGUUCUGCACUUCUCCAAAAGCCGCCCUCCGCUAUGCUGCGGUCAGAACACUUAACAAGGUGGCCAUGAAGCACCCAUCAGCGGUAACUGCCUGCAAUUUGGACUUAGAGAAUCUGGUGACAGACUCCAACCGCAGUAUCGCCACCUUGGCAAUCACUACACUGCUGAAGACCGGCAGCGAGAGCAGCAUUGACCGACUCAUGAAACAGAUCUCCUCUUUCAUGUCUGAAAUCUCAGAUGAGUUCAAGGUGGUGGUUGUACAAGCAAUUAGUGCUCUCUGUCACAAGUAUCCUCGUAAGCAUGCUGUCAUGAUGAACUUCCUAUUCACAAUGCUCAGGGAAGAGGGUGGGUUUGAUUACAAGCGAGCCAUAGUUGAUUGCAUCAUCAGUAUCAUUGAAGAGAAUCCAGAAAGCAAAGAGACUGGACUGUCCCACCUGUGCGAGUUCAUAGAGGAUUGUGAGUUCACAGUUUUGGCCACUCGCAUUCUCCACCUCUUGGGACAGGAAGGACCCAGGACCAGCAGUCCAUCUAAGUUCAUCCGCUUCAUUUACAACAGAGUUAUAUUGGAGAAUGAGGAGGUCCGAGCAGGUGCUGUCACUGCUUUGGCCAAAUUUGGUGCUCAAAAUGAAGACAUGUUGCCCAGCAUUUUGGUAUUGUUGAGAAGGUGUGUAAUGGACGAUGAUAAUGAAGUGAGAGACCGAGCUACCUUCUAUCUGAACAUUUUGGAGCAAAGACAAAAGGCUCUGAAUUCUUCAUACAUCCUUAACGGGUUAACAGUGUCCAUCCCUGGACUGGAGCGGGCAUUACAUCAGUACACGCUGGAGCCUUCUGAAAAGCCAUUUGACCUAAAGUCUGUACCAUUGGCCACCACACCCAUAGCAGAACAGAGAGGAGAAACUGUGCCUGCCACCGCAGUACGACAACCUGAAAAAGUGGUAUCCACUAGGCAGGACAUAUUUCAAGAGCAACUCGCUGCUGUUCCAGAAUUUAAGGAUCUAGGCGCUUUAUUCAAGUCUUCUCCAGAAGCUGUUGCCCUUACUGAGUCUGAGACAGAAUAUGUUGUCCGAUGCACCAAGCACACAUUUGCUAGUCACAUAGUGUUCCAGUUUGAUUGUACCAAUACACUAAACGAUCAGAACCUGGAGAAUGUCACUGUUCACAUGGAGCCAGUAGAGGGAUAUGAAGUCAUCUGCUACGUACCUGUUAAGUCUCUGUCCUACAACCAGCCCGGAACCUGCUACACACUGGUCUCCAUACCUGAAGAAGAUCUCUCUGCCUAUUCAUGUACUUUUAGCUGCAUGCUAAAGUUUACUGUUAAGGACUGUGAUCCUAACACUGGUGAAGCUGAUGAGGAGGGUUAUGACGAUGAGUAUGUGCUGGAAGACAUUGAGGUGACAGUCGUGGAUCACAUACAGAAAGUUCUGAAACCAAACUUUGGAGCUGCUUGGGAAGAGGUGGGAGGCGAAUUUGAAAAAGAAGAGACUUUCAACUUAUCCACCAUUAAAACUUUGGAAGAUGCGGUCGGAAACGUAAUAAAAUUCCUGGGAAUGCAGCCAUGUGAGAGGUCAGAUAAAGUACCAGAGAACAAGAAUGCACACACCUUGUACCUGGCAGGCGUGUUUCGGGGUGGCUAUGACAUCUUAGUACGUGCAAAGCUGGUUCUGACAGACACUGUGACCAUGCAGGUUACAGCCCGGAGCAAAGAAGAGCAUCCAGUUGACGCCAUCAUGGCAUCAGUGGGCUAGGAGUAGCAGCGUUUUACGCUGCAGAAAGAAAGGGAAUUACAUUGUACAGUACAUUAACCCCUCACGCCCAGAGGGUGCCUUGGACACGUGGGAACACUACAGCAUAGUAUAUUUCAAUCCUCCUGGUUUUCCUCUGCUCAGCCCAUCGGCCGGGGCUUGGCAGUUACUAGUGAUUUACCAUUAAUGGAAGGAAGCCUGUCAUUUAUUAGGUGGGCAGGUGAAAAUAAAUACUGUCUUUGGGAUCCUGUAAUAAUCGGUUCUGCUUUUGUACUGCGAGAAAGAGCGAUGACCUUUUCUUGCUGAUAAAUUAUUGACUCUAGGUAUUGAUUUCUUUCCAUAGCUGCCCAGAUCAGCCACAAUAUUAUCUAUAGGUGCCCCCCACCCUUCCUGUCUAUUUGUGGAGAGCAAGGCCUAGUUUUAAUAAAUGUAGCCCUAGCAUUACUUUCUGCCGCUUGCUCCAUUUGGCUGACAUUCUUUGGGUGACUAUGGCCAAACCCCGGCUGUAAAAUUAGCACAAGCGGGAUACGAAUGAGGCCCCUAUAAGCGUCAUCCUAUAUGCAGCCUGGGAUAAUCAGUCACUCCAGUAUACUCCAUGUCCUGGAAAAUGGUUUGCAUUCAUAUAUUUUCUUAAAGCUGUAUUUCACCUGUAAAUAUAGUUAGAGUCUAUGAGCUUCCUCUCCGGAAUAAGUCAGUCCCCUGUGUCCUGUAAGACGAUGCACUGCCUUGUGUCAGCGGAGUGGUUUAAGGACUCUCGUUUCAUUCUCAAAUGACAGCGCUGGGAUCCUAUGGAGAUACGAUGUCCUCUGCUCGUGCAUUCUGUAUACGCAGACUUUUGCUUUUUUUUUUUUUUGUAUGCAAACUAAGAGCCUAUUGUAAAACACCACAAUAAAGUAAUGAUCAUA